AUACAUAGAUACACUUCUUAUCGAACCAUCCGAAGAGGAUCCGAUAACCCGCAAUGACUCCGGAUCCGUUUAUUGAGACCCGAAUCCAACACCAGCGGACCAUCGGCGGGGUGCUUUUCCCGGCGGUCCUCUCGCCGAGGCCCGGCAGUGAGCUAGACCUGGUCCGGUUCACGGAGGCCGUGAAGGCAAGGAAACCCCAGUUGGAAUCGCUGCUUGGAUCGAGCGGUGCGGUUCUCUUCCGUGGGUUCCCGGUGUUGGGGGCGCUGGAGUUCAACCGGGCCGUUGAGGCUUUUGGGUAUGAGGAGCUGCCCUACGUUGGCGGAGCUGCGCCGCGGACCAACGUUGUUGGCCGGGUUUUCACUGCCAAUGAAUCGCCGCCGGAUCAGAAAAUUCCAUUCCAUCAUGAGAUGGCGCAGGUUCCUGAGUUUCCAUCCAAAUUGUUUUUCUUCUGUGAGGAGGAGCCUAAAUGCGGUGGGGAGACCCCAAUUGUGCUCAGUCAUUAUGUUUAUGAAAGGAUGAAAGACAAGUUUCCUGAAUUUGUAGAUAGGCUGGAAAAGCAUGGAUUGAUUUAUGUAAGAAUAUUGGGGGAGGGAGAUGAUCCUUCUUCACCCAUUGGUCGUGGAUGGCAAUCGACAUUCUUAACCAAAGACAAGAGUGUUGCUGAGGAAAGGGCUGCCAAACUGGGUAUGAAAUUGGAAUGGAUGGAGGAUUGUGUAAAAACAGUAAUGGGUCCCAUACCAGCAAUUAAAUUUGAUCAGACAAGGGGGCGGAAAAUAUGGUUCAAUAGCAUGGUUGCUGCUUAUACUGGAUGGGAGGAUGCUCGAAAUGAUCCUCAUAAGGCAGUUACUUUUGGAGAUGGUGCACCCUUGCCCUCUGAUAUCAUAGAAGAAUGCUUGAAGAUUCUGGAAGAGGAGUGUGUUGCGAUACCUUGGAAGCAGGGUGACAUUCUUCUAUUGGACAACUGGGCUGUCCUACACUCACGCCGAUCAUUUGAACCUCCUCGACGGAUCCUUGCUUCACUUUGUAAAUAGCAGAGUGCACAUUUUAAUUGCUCACCUACUAUUUCCAUAAUAUGUAUAUGGAUAUGUUUGUUUUAGAUUUUCCUGAAAUAUGAAAAAAAAAAUUACAAUUAAA